AUGGUAUCUUAUCAUGUUUAUGUACCAUUGCUAUUGAGGCUUGCAAAUGAUGUGGAGGAAAAUCCAGGCCCAAUUAAUAUCUAUGAUAUUGUUCAUCAUAGUUUUACGGUUCGAGCAGAUUUCAACCAAGGUAAUAUAUCCAUGUUUGGAAUAAAUGCUGGAAAACAAUGUGUUGCCAUGUCAAUUUAUGCUAUUGUAUACAAUGAAAUAAAAUCUGUUAAUAUUUGGGAUACACCACUUAUGAACAUGCUUCUAGUUAAUGCAAACAAUCUUUAUGCCAUAAUUAGUCAGCACAUUCAGAAAGAUUUCUUGUUGCUCACUGAUGUUCCUGAAAUAUUGUCUAUCAACAAUGAUACUUUUAAUUUGGAGUACAGUGACUCUUUUUCUGGAGCAUUAUGGAUGGAAUAUAACAAUGAACCGUAUGUUACACUUGAACAUGCCUUUCAUGAAGUAUUUGAUGCGGGUAAUUAUAAAGCAUGCUUACUUACUAUUCAAGCAAACACUGUUGCAGUUUUAAUGCCUUUCCCAGAUGUAUUUAAAGUUUUUGAUUCUCAUUCACGAGAUAUGCAUGGAAUGCCAGCGGCAAUGGGUUAUAGUGUUUUAGUUUCUAUUGAAGGAAUACAAAACCUUACAAGAUUUUUUCAUAACAGUUGUAACUAUCCUGGACAAAAUAGUGAAUAUAGUCUAUUUGAAUUGAAGGGUGUUAAAUGUCGUAGAAACAUUUCACUGUCAAAUAGUUUGGAUAACACAGCAAAUGACGACACAACGUCAAAUAACCAUGAACAACAAACAAAACAACAAGAGUCGGUUAUAAACAGAGAAAGCAGACUUGCAAAGCUAAGAGAGAAGCAAAGAGAGAAAAGACAACAAGCAAAACAAAAAGAGUCUAUUACAGAGAAAGAGAAUAGACUUGCAAAACAAAGAGAGGAAAGAAAACAAGAAACUGUUUCACAGAGGGAAAAUAGACUCGCAAAGCAAGGAGAGAAAAGAAAACAGGCAAAACAACAAGAAACUGUUACAGAGAGAGAGAAUAGACUUGCAAAGCAAAGAGAGAGAAUAAAACAGGCAAAACAACCAGAAACUGUUACAGAGAGAGAGAAUAGACUUGCAAAGCAAAGAGAGGAAAGAAAACAAGAAACUGUUUCACAGAGGGAAAAUAGACUCGCAAAGCAAGGAGAGAAAAGAAAACAGGCAAAACAACAAGAAACUGUUACAGAGAGAGAGAAUAGACUUGCAAAGCAAAGAGAGAGAAUAAAACAGGCAAAACAACCAGAAACUGUUACAGAGAGAGAGAAUAGACUUGCAAAGCAAAGAGAGGAAAGAAAACAAGAAACUGUUUCACAGAGGGAAAAUAGACUCGCAAAGCAAGGAGAGAAAAGAAAACAGGCAAAACAACAAGAAACUGUUACAGAGAGAGAGAAUAGACUUGCAAAGCAAAGAGAGAGAAUAAAACAGGCAAAACAACCAGAAACUGUUACAGAGAGAGAGAAUAGACUUGCAAAGCAAAGAGAGGAAAGAAAACAAGAAACUGUUUCACAGAGGGAAAAUAGACUCGCAAAGCAAGGAGAGAAAAGAAAACAGGCAAAACAACAAGAAACUGUUACAGAGAGAGAGAAUAGACUUGCAAAGCAAAGAGAGAGAAUAAAACAGGCAAAACAACCAGAAACUGUUACAGAGAGAGAGAAUAGACUUGCAAAGCAAAGAGAGGAAAGAAAACAAGAAACUGUUUCACAGAGGGAAAAUAGACUCGCAAAGCAAGGAGAGAAAAGAAAACAGGCAAAACAACAAGAAACUGUUACAGAGAGAGAGAAUAGACUUGCAAAGCAAAGAGAGAGAAUAAAACAGGCAAAACAACCAGAAACUGUUACAGAGAGAGAGAAUAGACUUGCAAAGCAAAGGGAGAAAAGAAGACAAGAAACUAUUUCACAGAGGGAAAAUAGACUUGCAAAGCAAGGAGAGAAAAGAAAACAGGCAAAACAACAAGAAACUGUUGCAGAGAGAGAGAGAAUAGACUUGCAAAGCGAAGACAGAAAAGAAAACAGGUAAAACAACAAGAAACUGUUUCAGAGAGGGAAAAUAGGCUUCAAAACCAGCGAGAAGCAAGAAGGUUGCAAAGGCAAAAUGAAACUGUUAAACAAAAAGAGCAACGAUUAGCAAAAGUAAGAGCUAAUUAUAAGGAAAAUAAAAGUAGACUUUCUGGAAAAAACAAACAAUGUCCUCCAUCAGGUUCUCAAGGGCAUCUCAAUAAUGAUAACAGUAUAAUAUCACAUAAUAGUGUAUCACAAUUGAUACAUAAAUUCCAUAAAUCUGUAUCAACAGGUCCUCUGUAUAUAUGUUCAUGCUGUGAUCAAUUAUGGUAUAAGCACAGUGUUUGUCCGGCGGGGAGGCUUCGAUUGCGCAAUCCAAAUUCUACUAAACAUCUACAAGGCAUUAAAAGUGUGGAUAAUAUUGAAUGGCUGUGUUUGACAUGUGACAAACAUCUUAAAAAGGAUAAAGUGCCACCAUCUGCAGUUUCAAAUGGCUUGAAGUUUCCAGAAAAACCUGACUUCUUUGAUUUAAAUGAAUUAGAAUGCAGGCUUAUAGCUCCAAGAUUGGCAUUUCAAAAAAUAAUGCAAGCUCCGAGAGGUCGGCAACUUAAAAUUGCUGGUAAUGUUGUGAAUGUACCAGCAGACAUAUGUAAUACCGUUAACAUGCUACCCAGGUUACCACAAGACACUGGGACUAUUAAAGUUCAAUUAAAACGUCGACUGCAAUAUAAGAGUUCUGCCUUGUCUUUGAAUGUGAGACCUAAUAAAGUGAUGCAAGCUGCAGCUUGGUUGGUAAAUACUAGUGAAUUAUAUCGAGAACAAGGAAUAACUUUUGAUCAGCAUUGGUUAUCAUACUUUGAUGUUACAACACCUAAUAAUAGUGACAAUGAAAAUACUACAGUUGAUCAAACUAAUUCGGCAUCUUCAAAAGAUGAAUGGAGUGAAGAUGAAGCAGAAAUUCCUGCAGGUGUAACAGACAGUAUGCUUACACCUACUGAUUUUGUAGACGAUACUGAAAGACAACAUAUAUACAAUGUUGCACCUGGUGAAGGUAGUAGACCACUCAGUAUAUUUAGAGAUCAAUAUUCAGAGGAACUAGCUUAUCCAGGAAUAUUCUUAGGUCAAAAGCGGCCAGAUGAGAAGCAAAGAUUGACUCGUGUUUACUACAGUGAAAUAUGCAAAUCUGAACUAAGACGGUCUGAUCGAAGAGCUGCAAUGUGUAUUGAGAACAUAUUUUUUAAAACUAAAAAAAUGCAGAUGAAAUUAUUGCUGGGGCAAUCUCAGCUUGCUAUUCGCAAGUGUAAAAUGGGAAACAGAACACUUACUGCUGGUGAGUUAAAAACACCGGAAGGUUUAACAAAUCUCAUUUGCCAUGAUGAGGGAUACAAAUUUUUAAGAGCUUUGAGAGGUUCCCCACCUUACUUUGAAAAAGCCAAAAAAGAUUUGUUUGCUAUGAUUCGGCAGUUAGGACCUGCAUCAUUAUUUUGUAGUUUUUCAUCUGCUGAAACAAAAUGGAAUCAUUUACUAAGAAUCCUUGGCAAGCUUGUUGAUCACAAAGACUAUAGUGAUGAACAAUUAGAUAAUUUAAAUUGGGAUGAAAAGUGUAGACUAAUUCAAAGUGACCCAGUAACUUGUGCAAGGCAUUUUGAUUACCAAUUUAAUACUUUCUUAAAAGAUUUUUUAAUGAGUGAAAUUGCCCCAUUAGGGAAACUGAAAGAUUGGUUUUACAGGGUUGAAUACCAACAGAGAGGCUCGCCUCACAUCCAUAUGCUCAUAUGGCUUGAAUUUCAUUGA